UUGACUCCCGAUAGAACGCUAAAAUUCAAAGGAGAAAAAUGUACAGGAGGGAAACUAUCAAAAGAUAGAAUAACGGUGCUUGUUGCUUCAAGUAUGGAAGAUGAAAAACGUAAAUUGCUGGUUAUAGGUAAGACGAAAAAACCAAGGUGUUUCAAGAAUGUUAAAACUUUGCCAGUUGAUUACGAAGCCAACAAAAAGGCGAGGAUGACAUCAAAAAAUUUUGAAAAAGUUUUACGGAAAUGGGACUCUGAGCUAAGAAGACACAAUAAAAAAAUCAUCUUAUUUAUUGACAAUUGUCCAACUCACCCACACAUUCAAAAAUUGACUAACAUAAAACUGGCAUUUCUACCACCAAACACUACGUCAGUUAUUCAACCUAUCGAUCAAGGUAUUAUUAAGACUCUUAAAAGCCACUAUCGAAAGCUUCUUGUCGAGAAAAUGGUAAAUGACAAUGAAAACAGCUCAACUCCUUUUGCCGUCAAUAUUCUGGACGGCAUUGAAAUGUUAACAACAGCAUGGGCACGAGUUACUGCAGAUACAAUAAAAAAAUGUUUUUCACAUGCUGGGUUUGGUAAAUUUUCUACCAUUAAUACAAAUGAUGAAGAUUCUGAUGAUGAAAUGGAUAACUUGCCAUUGGCAAGAUUAUCAUCAGCGGAACCAACAGUUACGGAUUGGGAAACGUAUGUGAAUAUUGAUGAUCAAGUUAUCACUACUGAUAACUUGACGGAUAAUGAAAUUAUUGAGUCUGUACUUCAAACUCAAGAACAGGAGCAUGAAGAAGAGGAUUGCAAUGUAAACGAGAUUCCAACAAGUAGAGAUGCAUUAUGUGCUAUUACAACGCUCAAAAAAUCAGUAUUAAUAUUCGCUAUACGUUCCGUUGAACAGUUCCGUGUUGACAAGAUCGACUCCAGCUGGGACGGCAGCCUGGCCAUCGGUGGAGUGGCGUGUCUCCCGGACGGCGUGCCCGAGAGCGCUAUGAGGCUCGACCCGCCCGUCUGGCUACUCUCCAGUGAUUUACACUACGAUGGAAAUGCUAAUCAAGAAGACUUUCAAGUCAAACGAAGUACUUGA